AUCAAAAUCGAAAUAUUUAAGUUUAAUAUUAUUAUUUAUUGAGCUUAAUUCACAAACCCAAAAAAAUUAACGUUAAUGGAGUUUGAAGAAGAAGCCAAUGAAUCGGAACAUGUUUCUGAUCAUUUUAUAUGCGCUGUUUGCUUGGACCUUCUCUUCAAACCUAUUGUUCUAGUUUGUGGCCAUGUCACAUGCUUCUGGUGCUGCCACUGCUCAAUGGAUAUGAGGGGUCAAUCACAUUGUCCGUUAUGUAGAAACCCUUAUCGUCAUUUUCCAGCCAUAUGUCGGAUGCUAGACGUAUUCCUCAAGAAGUUGUAUCCGAUUUCUUAUGAUAGAAGGAAAAAACAGACACUUGCGGAUGAAGACCAAGGCUCAUUUGGUUUUGCAGUGGACUUAGAUGAAAAAGUAGACGAUCUAAGCAUGGUGGACCAAACUUCUCAUUUAACUUCUGAAGAUAAUGUGUCGCUAAAUUCUUCAUCUAACGAAGAAAUUAAAUCACGUGGCGAGGAUUCUGGUGGAAAUUGUAAUCAAGUAACAGUUGCUGAUGUGCUAUGCGCAGCUUGCAAGCAACUGCUAUUUAGGCCUUGUGUUCUUAAUUGUGGUCAUGUUUACUGUGAGGCCUGCAUCACCAUACAAGAAGAUGAGGUGAUAAAAUGUCAAGUAUGUCAAUGUCGUCAUCCAAGUGGAUUUCCAAAAGUCUGUAAAGAGCUUGAUUACGCUCUGGAAGAGCAAUUUUCUUCAGUCUAUGCACUUAGAAGAAGCAGUACGCAGCUUCGCCAAGAGCCUACCCAAAUUGGAAGCUCUUCCAAGGCCAAUGAUCAAGGUCCCGAGUUCUCAUAUCCAACUGAUGAAAAUUUUCUUCAAUGGUGGACUGUUAAUGGCUCAAAAUUUCAUCCAGGUGUUGGUUGUGAUAUGUGUGGGGUUUGUCCAAUAAUUGGGGAUAGAUAUCAAUGUAAAGAUUGCAUAGAAAAAAGUGGUUAUGAUCUUUGUGGAGAUUGUUACAACACGGAUUCAAAGCUUCCAGGCAGAUUCAAUCAGAAACAUACCCCACAACACCGGCUUGAGUUGGUAAAACCAGCCAUAAAUCGAGAUGUUAUAUACAGAUUGUUAAGUGGACAACUGGCCAUUGUUUCUGCUGCUUCUCAAAGUCUGGCUAGCACUGGUAAUGAGAUAUCGUUUUCCCUUGAUGAUAUUGGUGCAGAUGGAGACGGUGAUGCUGCCGUUGCUGCUAAUGAUGAUGAUAAUGGCGUUGAUGUGGUGCCAACCGAGUCUGCCAGUGAUCCAAGAGAAGGUUAAGAUUACAACCAAACUGCUAUGUGAAAGGUGGAUAUGCUUUUAAGCUUUCACCGGAGGUGGCAAAAUGGGUGGGUGGUGCAGGUUGACUUGAAAUACUUUUUGUCCAAGUUUUUUUCUACCUUGUUAAAAUGAUUACAAAGUACAGUAUUAAAUCUACCUUUUGAAUAGAAUGAUUUACAGGCAAAGAAAAAUAAAUUGGGGGACUACAAUUUGUAUGACCCUAUUUUUUUUA